GGCACUUCCUGGAGACGAGCCGGGGGAGCGGUGUGGAGGUUCCGCACCAGCCGCCAGGAUGAACGUCGGGGUGGCCCACAGCGAGGUGAAUCCCAACACACGGGUGCUGAACAGCCGUGGCAUCUGGCUGGCCUACGUGAUCUCGGUGGGAGUUCUCCAUAUCAUUCUCCUCAGCAUCCCGUUCUUCAGCAUUCCCGUGGUCUGGACCCUCACUAAUGUUAUACACAACCUGGUGAUGUACUGGUUUCUUCACACUGUGAAAGGGACCCCGUUUGAGACGCCGGACCAGGGCAAGGAUCGCCUGCUCACGCACUGGGAGCAGAUCGACUAUGGGACACAGUGCACCUCCUCCCGCAAGUUCCUCAGCAUCUCACCAGUAGUUCUUUACCUCCUCACCAGCUUUUAUACCAAAUACGACCCUGCACAUUUUAUAAUCAACACGACGUCCCUCCUCAGCGUCCUCCUCCCCAAGCUGCCCCAGUUCCAUGGCGUGCGCGUCUUUGGCAUCAACAAAUACUAAGAGUCAGCGCUGCCGAGCCAGCUGCGAGGGAAGAGGGGGCCCAUCCCAACAAGGAGUAACGAACCCAGCGUGAAGGUGCUGUCCUGCCUGUGAACUAGGCCACUGCUUGAGCCACUUGGAGGGAUUAUUUUGCAAGGGGAUUAAGUUACUCUCCCUACUAAUCAUCAGUAUUUGGGCUUUAUCUUUUGUUUGGGUGGAGAGAGCUGUGAGGAGGGAGGGGGUCUAAGUGUCACACGAGCUACCCUGUCAGCUGUCUACCGCUCAUGUAACUGCGAGAGGGGAGAACUGCUGCCCAGCACGGGGGGAAAUGGCCAGUCUGUGCAUCCUCCCCAUCCUUGUGUUUUAUAAACUUCUACCGUAAUAAAGACCUUUUAGAGACAACAGUGGUGUUCUUGCGAGGGGGCCCUAGGCUUAGAGGAAUCAGCCAGGGGUGACGGUAAAGAACAGAAGAGAUUCACUCAGGGGAGAGGAUGUGGAGUGGAUCCCGCCACCCACUGCUCGUUCCGCAGAAGAGAGAGGCUUCUUCAAAUCAUAUUUUAAUUUAACAAAAGUGAUAAGAAAGAGAUACACAAUCAUCUUAAAAACCUCCGUGCUCAGCCCUCAAGACAAAGGAGAUGAACCGUGCCUACACCCGACAUCAAACACUCACAUGGCAAUACAGGUCAGGAAGAGUGAUUGAUUGUCCAAGACUUAUUUUUUUUGCAAAACGUAUUUAAGCAUCUUAAGGCAGCUCUGCCCCGCAGCAGCGCAAGCAGAUGCGCUUCCAGCCAAUCCGCUUCCCCAAACCUCCAGUAGCGCAGAGAAGCUGCAGAGGCACAUGGACGGGAGCUCAGAGGCAGGGGAGAGAGGGAACAUGCCUGUAACUCGGUUUCUGGCUCCCCCGCUGUGAACUGAGUUAGGCAGCCCUGGCAGCAGGGCCACAGAAGCCACGCAAGCUCAGGGGAGAAAAGACCAGAGCAAGCUGGCAGGUGAGAGCAGGGAGGGGUCCUUGGGCGUGGCUGCUCUCCUGUGCAUGCUCAGCUCAAAGCCGGUGAGCCUGUGGCUUUCCGUGUACAGGGAGGCCCCAGCGAAAGAGAGGCUCUGGCAUCUGCCCAAGGCAAGCUUUGCUGUACUCGCUCAUGAGGAAAAGACAAGCUAAGGAGGCUGGCAGCCCCGCAGUAGACAAACUCCCCCUUAAACAUGAAGGGGUACGGAGCAGCACGGUGGCUGUGGCAGCUGCCCAAGAGGAGCCAACAAGAAGCCACGAGCAUACAGACCAAGAGGACAUCACCAUUCUGGAGCUGCCUCAUUUCCUGCCCCAUGUGAUGGCAGCUAGAACAUUACUGGAGGAGUUGUUCCCUCCUGGUAUAUUUCCAAGGCCCCUUAAUGCACAUUUUGGGGUCACCGAGGCACUACCAGCCAAGGUGUCCUUUGCAGCUGAGAACUAGAGAGAGCAAAUCCCCAGCAGCCCUGGUUCUCCAUGUGUGAGAGCUCAAGGUGGAUCUCCAUUGGGAAGAGCUUCCAGGUGAGGAGAGAUUAAAAACGACUGGGACAGCUCAGCUUGGAAAAGAGAUGGGGGGGAAUAUGACAGGUCGAUAAAGUCAUGAAUGGUAUGAAGAAAGUGACUAGGGAAAUGUUAUUUACCCCUUCUCAUAACAAACCAACCAGGCAUCACCCAAUGAAAUUA